AUGCAAUAUUGUGCUGAUAGAUUUUCCUUACUUGACAACCGCAACAAACUCAGCGUUGCCGACAUAUCCCAAAAGAUAGCAGUUUCCUGUGGUGUACAGUCCUCGCAGAUCGAAGACGCCUUUCCAUGCACACCUCUUCAGGAGGGUCUCCUAGCUUUGAGCGCGCAUCUGCCAGGCUACUAUGUCGCACGAUACAAGUUACUUUUGCGCCCAGAAGUCAGUGACCUCGCCCUCCGAACCACUUUGAGCCAUGUUUAUGCGUCGACGCCGAUCUUAAGAACCCGGAUAGUUGAUCUUGCCGACGAGGGCCUGGUACAGGCCAUAAUAGACGAGCCAUUCAUGUGGGCGACAGCGAAUGACCUCGAUGAAUAUCUGCGCCAUGACAAACAGCGAACUACAAGCACAGGGUCUCCUCUAGCUAGGUUCGCGCUUGUAGAUGAUCACAAACGCAAGCAGCGCUUUUUCGUCUGGACAAUGCACCAUGCGCUUUACGAUUUCUGUUCGGUGCCACUGCUUUUGAAAAGGGUGAACGAUGUUUAUUUGGGAAAAGAUCCAGCUGCUUCAGCUCCAUUCCAGAAUUUUGUGAAGCAUAUCAGAGAGAUGGAAGUCUGUUCCGCAGAACAGAUAUGGAAAAAGCACCUGAGUGGCAACGAAGCACCAAUGUACCCCCAACUUCCGAGCAUCAAAUAUCGCCCAAAAGCGGAUCAAACGGUAUCUUGCCUUUUCAAAGACCUCCCAUGGUCGCGUGAAGCUGGCACCCAGACAAUGCCGAUGGUCUGGGCGGCAUGGGCUGUUCUCAUGGGCCAGCACGCUGUUACAGAUGAAGCAGUCUUUGGAGUGACUACUUUUGGGCGGCAAGCCAACUUCGUUGGUAUUGAGAGCACGACUGGUCCUACUAUGGCCACUAUACCAUUGAGAGUAGAUAUUGCCAAGGAAAUCACUGUCACGGAGUUUGUAUGCAGACUACAACAGUCAGCAGCAGAGCUAGCCACCGUGGAACAUUACGGACUACAAAGAAUUCGAAAGAUCAGCACCGAUGCGGAGAGGGCUUGCGGAUUUCAGACUCUUGUCGAAGUUAAUCUACAAGAAGAGUACUUGAAUCCAACAGAUGGACCAUUCGACCCAAGCUCUCUAGAGGAUUUCUCUGCCACUGACAAUGCCCAAAAUGCGCCACUAUUCACAACUUUCGCUUUGAAGGUCCAAAUCAGAUUGCUAGCCUGUGGUCUGGAUUGCAUGCUCACAUUCGACUCCCGCAUAAUCAGCCGCGAUGAAGCGAGCUCUCUCCAACGUCAGCUCGAGCAUGUCCUCCGACAACUUUGCGAUCCAAUUAAUGCUGCUGUCAAGCUAUCAGAUAUUGACUGGACAGGACCGAACGAUUUGGAGCGCAUUUGGACCUGGAAUGAGACAGUCCCUCAGAGGGCCGACGACUGUGUACAUGAAUUAAUAUCACGAACAGCUCGUAGUCAGCCUGAUGCUCCUGCUAUCUGUGCUUGGGAUGGCAAGCUUACAUAUGGAGAACUUGCCCAGAUGUCUACUGACUUGGCUCACUACCUAGUCAGUCAGGGUGUUGAGCGAGGUACGAUUGUGCCAUUAUGCUUCGAAAAAUCCAUGUGGACAUCUGUUUCAAUCCAAGGAGUAAUGAAAGCAGGCGGAGUUUGUGUUACUAUGGACACCACUCAGCCAGAAGCCCACUUACAGCGAAUUGCUUGUCAAGUCUCAGGAAAGGUUCUUCUAUCCUCGAUCGCAAACAAAUCGAUAGCGGAACGGCUGGCAGGCGACCGUACGAACGUGAUUAUCCUCGAGACAUACUUUUUACAGGCCAAGGGUAUACGAUUGAACACUCGUUUGCCUACGGUCGACCCAUCGGACCUGGUCUACAUAGUAUUCACGUCUGGAAGUACCGGUACUCCAAAAGGCGCUAUGAUCAGACAUUCUAAUUUCAGUUCUGCCAUUCUCCACCAACGCGGACCUCUCCGCGUGAAACCCGAAGACAGGGUCUUUGACUAUGCGUCAUAUGCGUUCGACAUUUCGUGGUUCAACGUACUAUCUACACUGAUUGUGGGAGCCUGUCUCUGUGUGCCGAGCGAAGAGGAGCGUCGUGGAGAUAUUGCAGCAUCAAUACGUCGCUACGGCGUGACAUAUGCCGAUUUUACUUCAUCUAUCUCACGUUUGAUUGAACCCAGUGAGGUGCCUUCACUUAGACACCUUGUAUUUUGUGGCGAGCCAGUUCUUGCUCAGGAUGCUAUCCGCUGGGGUCAUUUACAGGGGGCUAUAAAUACAUAUGGGCCUGCCGAGUGUACACCCAAGAGUCACAUCUACGAUUACGUCUCAGAACCAUCCAAGCUGUCAAAUGAAAUUGGUUGGGGAAGAGGGCUGAAUCCCUGGGUAACGCAGCCUGAGAAUCCCGACAAGCUGGCAGUCAUUGGCUCAUUGGGUGAAUUGUGGCUUGAAGGACCACUCGUUGGUGCUGGCUACUUUGGCGACUGUGAGAAGACGGCAGCUGCCUUCAUUGAGAAUCCUGCAUGGCUGCUGAGUGGUGGGCCUGGUCAUUCCGGCAGAACUGGGCGCCUCUACAAGACUGGUGAUCUGGUGCGGUAUAAUCCAAACGGUUCAUUGAAAUACGUCAAGAGAAAGGAUGCACAGGUGAAGGUGCGGGGGCAGCGCGUAGAGCUUGCUGAUAUUGAACAUCAUGUGCGGAAUGCAUUAAAUGUCCAAGAGGGCGAGAUAAGUGUCAUUGUUGCGCUCAUUUUGCCCAAAGGUGGUGAAAACAAAGUUUUGACAGCCUUCAUCAGCACUUCCGUGACUGAUGUCAACACUGUCCACGAUAAACUUGAUGCUCGUGUAUCCCGGGCCACAGAAACACUGCAAGAGCGCGUUCCAUCUUAUAUGAUUCCUGCAGCUUAUGUGGCUCUACCAAGUAUGCCAAUGGGUGCUACUGGUAAAACAGACCGAAAGAAGUUAAAUGCAAUUGGGUCUUUUAUGACCUUGGAAGAACUUACCUCGCUUGGCAACAAGUUCGAAGAAGCUGGACGGAGAGCGCCUACAACGACGACUGAGCUUCGUCUGCAAGCAGCUUGGGCAUACACCUUGCAGAAAAGCUCUGAGAGGCUGAACCUAGACGACAAUUUUUUCAGGCUUGGUGGCGACUCUAUCUCUGCUAUACGGCUAGUCAGUGCUGCGCGACGUGAGGGCCUAUCAAUCACAGGUUCGGAUAUCUUCCAAAAGCCUACUAUUGCUGGCCUUGCAACUCUAGCCACUGAGAUUGCGACAUCAGCAUCAGACCUCCCGGGCACUACUCUCCCUUUCUCAAUGUUUGGGCCAGGAAUAAGCUCCGCAGACAUACGUAGCCAUGCCGUUGCUACGUGUGGCAUUUCACACGAUCUAAUCCUAGAUUGCUUCCCGUGUACACCUUUGCAAGAGGGACUCAUGGCGCUGAGUACUCGCAUGGAGGGAGACUACGUUGCACGAUUUGUGCUGCGUUUGAGGAAUUCAAUCGACAUCGGACGAUUUCGCAACGCGUGGUCUCAAAUGGUAGUGGCCACCCCAAUUUUACGGACACGUAUUGCGGAUCUAGGAGAUCACGGUCUCGUGCAAGUGGUGAUUGAUGAAGAAGUUGUUUGGGAGACCAGAGAGUCUGAUCUGGAUGAACAUCUCAGAGCGAAGCAGGCCAUUGGUGUCGGCCUGGGAACGCCACUCGUGCGAUAUGAAUUGAUCAGAGAUAAUAAAAUCCAGCGGAAUUUCUUCAUUUGGACAAUACACCAUUCCUUAUACGAUGGCUGGUCCAUUAAUUUGAUGAUUCAAAGAGUACAGCAGCUUUAUCGAGGUCAAUCGCUGCCCGCAAUCAUCCCGUUCCAAAACUUUGUCAAGCGAGUCAGGAUUGACAUGGUGCACGACUCUGCAGAGCAGACGUGGAAAGAGUAUUUACAUGGGCUGGAUGCACCGCCUUUUCCGUCAAUUUCCUCGACAAACUCCCAAUCCGACAGUAACAGCGUGAUAACCCAUAACAUUUCAGGGGUAAAAUGGCCACGCACGGGGAUUACAGCUUCAACAACAAUACGCGCGGCCCUAUCUAUUGCAAUAAUGCAGUACACGGGUCUCUGUGAGGCAUUAUUUGGAUCCAUUUCUUCGGGACGUCAGAUGAAUAUGCCUGGGAUCGAAGAAGUUGUUGGGCCAACGAUAGCGACAGUUCCAGUCCGCGUCACUUCACAAGAAAAAGAAACCAUAAUCCGAUUCCUGCAACGAGUCCAGGAUCAAGCAAUUCAGUUGACAGCUGUUGAACAGUUCGGCCUACACCGGAUACGACUGCUUGGAGCUAGCGCUGAGCAAGCAUGCCAGUUCCAAACAUUGCUUGUCGUACAACCAAAGACACAAGCAAACGUUGAAGAAGCACUGUUUGAACCAGCCGGCAAGGACGGAACUUCCAAGAAACCAUUCAGCGAAGCUGAAACGCUCCGUACUUACGCACUGAUGAUAGAAUGUACACUGGCUGAUGAUGAGCUGCUCUGUCAUGUGUCAUACGACUCCGAAAUCAUAUCAUCCAACAAAGCUCAGAAGUUUUGCUAUACGUUUGAGCAAGCAAUUCGUCAGUUAUGCGUCCCAGAGAAUCACGAAAGGCGGCUUGCGGACCUCGACUUUUUAAGUCCCCAGGACUUAGAAUACGUCUGGCGAUGGAACGAAAAGAUCCCUGAGACCGAUUCAAGAUGCAUGCAUGAGUUAAUCUCUCAUGUUGUCCUUGAACAGCCCGAAGCCGCUGCUGUCUGUGCUUGGGAUGGCCAAUUCACGUAUACAGAGCUUGAGUGCCUUUCUACGAGACUGGCUUACCAAUUAGUUGAUCGAGGUCUUGGUGGCCAGGGAGGAAAAUUUGUACCCCUGGCUUUUGAAAAGUCAAAGUGGACGCCUGUGGCUAUGUUGGGUGUGAUGAAGGCCGGCGGAGCCUCUGUUACUUUGGAUUGUACUUUUCCAGAACAGCGGUUGCAAUCCAUCGUUUCUCAGCUAUCCCCUCAUCUUAUCUUAGCCUCAGCAAGACAGAAGGAGCUUGCCGGUAGGCUUACCUCCGCACCCGUCCUGACUGUCGAUGCAUCUCUUGCAGAGCAGAUCUCACCAUCGCUGAAGCUCAGUACCCUACCCACAGUCAGCUCGUCAGACCCGAUCUAUAUCGUUUUCACCUCUGGCAGUACAGGGACUCCAAAGGGGGCAGUGAUGACACACAGAGGUUUCAGCAGCGCUAUCCAGCACCAGGCAGGUCUACGCUAUUCAGCUAGUGCGAGGACUUACAACUUUGUCUCUCACAGUUUUGAUGUCUUUUGGCAUGACGUACUCCGUACCUUCGCGGCUGGAGGUUGUUUAUGUGUGCCCUCUGAGGAUGAUCGUAUGAACGACUUGGCUGGUUCCUUCGAGAGUCUCCGAUCUAAUUCGCUGGCCAUUACUCCUUCAUCCGCUCGGCUGAUCGAUCCGGAACAUGUCCCAGGUUUAAAGCAUCUAGUCAUGGGUGGAGAGCCAGUAACCGCUGCAGAUGUGUCGAGGUGGAAGGGCCGAGUCGACCACAUUAUCAGCGUUUAUGGGCCUGCAGAAUGUGUUCCACCAAUUGCGAUAGCAUCUUGCGAUCCAAACUCCACCAUCGCCCCCAGUCUUGGGCGUGGCGCAGGCGUCAACAUAUGGCUGGUUGAUCCUCGGGAUCACAACAAACUCUCAUCUGUGGGCGCGAUAGGCGAGGCUCUGAUCGAAGGCCCUUUAGUUGGGGAAGGCUAUUUUGGCAACAAGAAAUUAUCCGACACUGUCUUCAUUGAUCCUCCAAGUUGGCUUUUACGAAGAGAUCCCGAACCGGAACGCUCGCAUCACCGCUUGUACAAAACUGGCGAUCUCUUGAGGUACAAAGAGGAUGGAACGCUGGAUUUUGUAGCACGGAAAGAUGCUCAAGUCAAGCUCAACGGGCAGCGCUUUGAGCUCGUAGACGUCGAACAAAAUCUGUACGAUGUCAUUGGUGCACACAGUGAUGUUCAGCUCGCGUGUGAGAUAAUAUCUCCUGCGAAAGAGGACAAGAAACUACUCGCCGCUUUUGUGACUUUGGCAAGCUUCUCUCGUACUGUUGGAGAUGCUGUCAAGAUAAAGGACGCCAUGACUGCGUGGACUGCUGCUCUAAGAACAAAAGUGCCCGGGUACAUGAUACCGAGUGCAUUCAUCCCUCUAGAGGAAAUUCCCAAAACACCGACAGGGAAGUUAGAUCGACGGAAACUGCGCGACUUGGGUUCCUCUAUGACCUUUGAGGAACUAAAUUCACACAGCGCCUCAGACCACGAGCGACAGCCGCCAACUACAAAGAUCGAGCGACAACUCCAGAAACUUUGGGCCGCUGUAUUGAAAAUUGACCCAAUCCGAAUUGGUGCCAAUGACAGCUUUCUACAAGUCGGUGGAGAUUCAAUCUCUGCGAUGCGACUUGUCACUUCUGCAAAGAAACAGGGGCUGUCGUUUUCAGUGGCCGAUAUAUUCUCAAGGCCAGUGUUGUGUGACUUGGCUACGUCGGUCAAUACAAUGGCCCAAGAAGGCUCCAGCUCCAAGAUCGAACCAUUCUCGCUACUCACCACCAAUGAAGAUGUCAUAGAGUUAUCCAAGCGUGCAGCUAUCUUAUGCGACGUUCCGGCCUCGCAAAUACAAGAUGUGUUCCCUUGCACGUCGCUACAAGAAGCUUUACUAGCACAAACUGCAAAACGUGCCGGUGACUAUACUGCAUGUUUCACUUUAGAGUUGCGUUCGGACACCGAACUUUCUCGUUUCAAGAGUGCUUGGGAGUCUGUUUACGACAGUCAUUCAAUCUUAAGGACAAGGAUCAUUGAGCUUUCUGGCCAUGGCCUCGUGCAAGUUACUCUCAAAAAUUCCAUUUGUUGGAGCCAUUUCAAGACCUCAGAUGAGGCUGAAAAGACCAAAGGAGUCAGGCACAUUGGUCUCGGUAAUCCACUCAUCCAUAACGAUCUCGUGGAAGACGAAGAGUCAGGUCGCAAGUAUUUUUUCUGGACCAUUCACCACGCCCUUUACGACGGCUGGUCGAUACCGCUUUUGAUGGAAGACCUUGCUCAAGCCUACAAUGGACAUGUUCUUGUACCCUCUCCGCCUUUCCAAAACUUCAUUUCAUAUUUACAGAAAUCCGAUGAAGUUACCACAAUUGCCUUUUGGGAAGGCAUGCUCCAAGGCUUGGAAGCACCAUCAUGGCCGGCAGUGACAUGGCCCACACAUCAGCUGCGUGCGGAUACAAAUCUCCCACACAAUGUUACUGGCAUAAAUUGGCCCAGGGAAAGCAACAUCACAGCUUCAACAAUCUUGCGUGCAACCUUGACUAUUCUCAUCGGAGAAUAUAGCGCCGCUAGCGAGGUGGUCUUUGGUGCUACGGUUAUUGGUCGACAAGCCCCUGUUGAGUCGAUUGACCGUAUAACAGGGCCAACGAUUACGACUGUUCCAAUCCGCACAAAGCUCAAUAUGGAGCAGAGCAUCGAUGAGCUCCUUCGCAGCAUUCAGAAACAAGGGAUUGACAUUAUGCCGUUCGAACAGAUUGGUCUAAAGCGCCUUCGAAGAAUAAGCAAAGACGCUGAACAAGCUUGUCAAUUCCAAACUCUUUUGGUUGUUCAACCUGGACCAUCUUCAAAUGACCCGUCGCUCCAAUUGUUUGAGCAUUCCAUACACGCCGAGGAGGCUCUCAACAAAGACAAUGACAACACAGCCUUCAACACUUAUGCCCUUCAAGUUGUCUGCAAUAUCAUGGAUGAUGGUGUAACAGCAGAGUUUAUUACCGACUCUACAAUUAUUGAUCAGACUCAACUGCGUCGAAUGGCUUUCCAGUUCGAACAUAUUCUUCGACAGAUAUGCUCGCUAGAGCGGGGCGGAUCUAAAGUCGCGGAUCUUGAGACUAUCAGCGCUCAUGAUCGCGCUGAGAUUGGAAGCUGGAAUUCGAAGCCCUGGCCACCAGUGCAUCAGUGCGUUCUGGAGCUUCUUGAACCGCAGUCACAUUGGAACUCAUCCGCAAAGGCCAUUUGUGCCUGGGAUGGGGACUUCACAUACGCCGAAUUGGAAACGCUAUCCACUAAAUUAGCUUAUAAUUUGGUUACUUUCGGUGUUAAACGAGGAGCCGCUGUUCCUAUACUCUUUGAAAAGUCAAAAUGGAUGUCGAUAACCAUGCUUGCUGUUGUCAAGGCUGGUGGUACCGGUGUCACUUUGGAUUCAAGUCUUCCCGCAAAUAGAUUACGGUCCAUCAUUGAGACAGUCCAUCCCAAACUCCUCGUGUCUUCGUCGGGCUGUGGGGAGCUUGCAAGCAGCCUCACUACUGAGAAGGUAGUCUUGUUGGAUGACAGCAGUCUGGCGGAAUUGCCAAGCCCCCCGGAGAAUUAUCGACACCCAGCCAUAACACCUGAUGAUGAUUUGUACAUUGCGUUCACGUCAGGCAGUACCGGUCGGCCAAAGGGAGUGGUAGUAUCCCACCGUCAGUUCAGCAGCGCAAUUAAGUAUCAGCCGCAACGGCUUGGCAUCACAGAAACCUCCCGGGUUUACGAAUUCGUUUCCAAUGGUUGGGAUGGCAUCUGGUUGGAACUUCUGUUCACGCUAGCAGCUGGUGCCUGCCUGUGUGUUCCAAGUGAGGCAGACCGUCGGAACCGACUCGCAGAGUCGAUUCGUACUUUGCAGGCAAACUAUGUUCAUCUUACACCCACGGUGGCACGAAUGCUGGAUCCAUCUCAGGUGCCGAGCCUGGAAUGCGUGGGACUGGUCGGAGAGCCAAUGCUCAAAUCUGACAAAGAUCAAUGGACGCGAUUCGGAGUCAAAGUUCUGAACAUGUACGGACCCACUGAAUGUACACCGUUGAGUAGCUGUGCCGAAAUCGUAAGCCUAGAUGAAGGGCCAUUGGUGAUUGGCAAGGGCAUGGGUGCAAAUUUUUGGAUUUUGCGACCACAACACUCUUCACAGGACCUUGCACCUAUCGGAGCAGUUGGCGAACUUGUAAUUGAUGGACCGAUCGUGAGUAAAGGAUAUCAUUCGGACGCACUCAGUACCUCCAAAGCCUUUGUUUCCAACCCACCGUGGCUGAAACAGAAUGCCCGACUUUAUAAGACUGGCGAUCUUGUCCGCUACACGUCGGACGGAAACAUUCUUUUCGUUGGCCGGAAGGACUCGCAGGUCAAAAUUCGUGGGCAGCGAGUCGAGCUUAACGAAAUCGAGAGUCAUAUGCGCAAGGGCCUUGCCACGAAUUCACAAUCAACCACACCACAACAACAUACAAUUUCUGGCUUCGCAGACGUGCUGAUACCGGCAGAAAGCAAGAAUCCAACACUAGUUGCUUUCAUUCACGUUGAAUCUACAGACAAUCUCUCGGAAAAUGAUCUACGCUCUGUGGCAAACCAGGUCGUUCCUGGGCUGUUGCAACAGCUUACGAGCUCACUACCCGCAUACAUGGUGCCGAAUUUCUACGUUCCAGUGGCUCAAAUUCCAACUACGGCAACCGGGAAGAUCGACAGGAAUUCCUUGCGUAGGAUAGGUGAGCUCUAUACUCUUGAGCAGCUUUCAGCACUUAGUCCCGAGCGAGAUGUCAAGCGGCAACCAGUCGACAAAACACAGAUCCGUUUUCAGCAGUUAUGGUCACAAGUGCUCGAUAUCAACGCUCAAAGCAUUGGAUCUGAUGACAGCUUCUUCCGAGUUGGAGGGGAUUCUGUCAGCGCAAUGAGUCUGGCUAGUAUAGCGCGAGAGCAUGGUCUGUCCGUCACAGUUUCCGACAUCUUUAAAAACCCGAGGUUGGAGGAUCUGGCUGCAAUGGCAAGCGAAGUGGUGGUUGCCAGCUCCGAAAUCUUACCAUUUUCUUUAUUAUCACGCGGUAUCUACGAGGAGAGUGUUCAAGCUCAUGCAGCCCGACUCUGCAAGGUGGAACCCGAACAUAUCGAAGACAUCUUCCCGUGUACACCGAUGCAAGAAGGCCUAAUAGCAAUAACAGCAAAACGUGCUGGCGCCUUUACUGCUUGUUACACCCUCGAGCUGCAGACCUCCGUUGACUUGAAUCACUUCCGUCAGGCAUGGACUGAAGUGCUUCACGCUACACCCAUCCUGAGAACUCGCAUCAUCGAUUUACCCGGCCAGGGUCUCGUCCAGGUGAUUACUAAAAUUGCUGAAGAAUGGACCAACAGCGAUAUUGUUGACCAUCCUGAGGUGGAAAUGGGACUUGGUCUACCCUUGAAUUCGCAAGGUAUAGUCAUCGAAAAAGGAACCAAGCGCCGGUUCUUCAUCUGGAGAGUGCAUCAUGCUCUCUAUGAUGGCUGGUCUCGGUCUCUUGUGAUCAAUCGAUUGGAAAAGGUAUACCGAGGGGAGCCACUUGGACACUCACCACCGUUUCAAUUCUUUGCAAAACAUCUUGCUGAUCUCGACAUGACACGAUGUGAAUCAUUUUGGAAGGAGCUACUGUCAGGCGUUGAAGCAGCUUCAUUCCCGUCACUACCCAAUGCAUCCUACGAGCCACUGGCGGACAAGAGCAUCACAAGUGUGAUCUCCAAUAUCAGUUGGCCCAGGGGCGACAUUACCCCAUCAACGAUAGUUCGGGCAGCAUGGUCGAUACUGACUGCUGAGUACACUGGGGUGAACGAGGCAUUGUUCGGAAUCACGGUCAUGGGUCGUCAAGUCGUCCAGGGUAUCGAGCAAAUGGUUGGCCCUACGAUUGCAACAAUUCCAGUCCGCGUAGUCCUCAAGAAGCAAGAGACAAUUGGAGACUUACUCCGCAGAGUCCAAAAGCAAGCCGUGGAGUCAAUGGAAUUCGAGCAAAUUGGUCUGCAAAAACUUCGUCGCAUCAACAACUAUACCGAGCGAGCCUGUCAAUUCCAAACACUAUUGCUGAUCCAACCAAGGAGUUUGGCAGAAGAUGCGAAACGAGAUAGAGAGCUCUUCCAGUAUUCUCUAGGUGACGAGAAGGUGGCAAACUCCGACGACAUCAACGCUGCGUUCAGCAGUUAUGCACUGCAACUUUCCUGUGACCUGGGUGAAGAUGAUUUAACUCUGAGUCUCGUCGCAGACACCCACGUCAUUAAGGAACCGCAGUUGCAGCGUAUUCAACGGCAAUUUGAGCACAUCAUCCGCUCGCUAUGCAAGUCGAAGCCCGCGGUCAAACUAGGUGACAUUUGUACUACAGGUCCAUCUGAUCGACAAGAAAUUUGGCAGUGGAAUGCAAGCGUGCCCGAGACAGCAGCUACGUGUGUGCAUGACUUGAUUUGGAAGAUCGUCAAAUGUAGUGAUCCGACAACAUUGGCUAUAAACGCUUGGAACGGCAGUCUCACGUACGUUGAACUUGAUGACCUAUCAACUCGCCUCGCCCAUCGACUAUGCAGCUUAGGCGUAGGCCAAGGUUCAAUUGUUCCCCUCUGCUUUGAAAAGUCAGUUUGGACUCCAGUCGCACAACUUGCAGUCAUGAAAGCGGGAGCUGCAUCCGUGGUACUGGAUACAACCAUUCCUGAACAGCGACUACUGGCUAUCACUCAGCAGGUUCAACCUCUAGUCAUAGUAUCGUCAACUGGGAACAAAGAGCUAGCUAGCCGAAUUGCCGAAACAAAAGUGUUGGUUGUCGAUGCGGAUCAAUUAUCUCAGCUUCCGAACUUGCCUUCCACAUUAUUACCCAUCGUCCAACCUUCUGAUCUGUUGUACGUCGUAUUCACCUCCGGCAGCACGGGUCUCCCCAAAGGAGCACUUAUCACACAUCAAAACUUCAGCAGCGCGAUUCAACAUCAACAGCCUUCCCUGGGGAUCGUUCCCACUUCCCGGGUUUACGACUUUGUUUCGUAUGCAUUCGAUGUCGCCUGGUCCAAUUUUAUCCAGACGCUUACAGCUGGAGCGUGUUUGUGCAUCCCUAGCGAAUCUGAUCGGAGAGGAAAUAUCGCCCAAUCGAUACAAGAUCUCGGGGCCAAUUAUGCUCACUUGACACCAACGGUGGCUCGGACUAUUAACCCUGAGGCCGUUCCUGGACUUCGAACAAUGAGUCUGAUUGGCGAACCUGUCUCGCAAGCCGAUGUAAAAAGAUGGGCCGAUCGACGAAUCAUGCUGAAUACUUACGGCCCCGCUGAAUGCACACCUGUGAGCACAAUCCAAGAGCUUAAAAUUACGGAUAAUGGUGAGCCUCGGAUCGGUAAAGCGGUCGGUAGCAACACAUGGAUCGUACGUGCAGAUGACAACCAAGAUCUGUGUGCGAUCGGUGCUGUUGGCGAGCUCGUGAUCGAAGGGCCGAUUGUCGGUUCUGGAUACCUUUCAGAUCCCGCCAAAACCGCCAGUGCAUUCAUUGAACGCCCUCCGUGGCUGCUCCAGCGCAAGAACGGACAUGAAGGUCGCACCGGGCGGGUCUAUAAGACCGGAGACCUGGUCCGUUAUGAUUGGGAUGGCAGUCUGAGAUUUGUUGGCCGCAGAGAUACUCAACUCAAGAUUCGCGGUCAGCGGGUCGAACUCAGAGACAUCGAGAGUCAUCUUCAGAAGCAUCUCUCCGCAUACGGCGAUAUAGAAGCUGUGGUCGACGUUGUGUGUCCAAGCGGAAACGAGAAUCCCAUUCUUCUUGCCUUCAUCUGUCCUUCAGACGCAGCUACACUUUCCGAGUCAGAUCUCAUUGCCACCGUGCAGCGUAUAACAAUGGGAAUUGAGUCGAGACUUCGACAAGAUCUUCCUCUGUAUAUGAUACCGAACGCUUAUAUUCCAAUGCCAGUCAUGCCGGCCACAGUCACAGGCAAACGCAACCGGACAGAUCUGCGAAGAUACGGUCAAAGCAUGACACUUGAGCAAUUGGUCGCGUUGAGCGCCGGGCAACAUAAUCGAAAGAAGCCUUCCACUCCGCUAGAACGGCAAUUGCAAGAAGUCUGGGCCUCUAUUCUCCACGUUGCUCCAGACUCAAUUGGAUCAGAGGACAGUUUCUUCCAGCUUGGUGGAGAUUCCAUCAUCGCAAUGCGUCUGGUUCGAGAAGCAAACAAUAUUGACCUACCAUUGAAAAUUCAGGAUGUCUUCACGCAUCCACGACUCUGUGACCUGGCAACACUCGUGGAAACGUCUGUAGCCGGAAAGGUAAUCUCCGGGUGCAAUGGAAACGCAGCACUUGAUAUCCGUGGUGAGGAAGCCAACUCUAGAGAUGACCAUGCAAAAGCCAUGCUCGGGAGGCCGACCACUGCUUUCCAGACGAGGUGUAUCGAAGGUGCAUUACGGGAAGAUAAACAGUGGUGGAAUUAUUGUUUAUUGACUCUUCCUUCUCACAUACCGACACCGCAAAUUGUCAACAUGUGCAAAGUCUUGUGGAAUCAAUUCGAUAUACUUCGCACUGUCUUCUUCCGGGAUCAAGAUCGAUAUCUGCAAAAGGUGCCGCGAGAGCAACAGCACAGCUACAGUAUCGAGGAGCACGAUGGAGAUAUCGAGGACAUCACUAGAAACGUGUGCUUGGAGGACUUCAAAGAGCAUGCGAUACUUGGCACUUGCUUCACAAAAUUCCUCAUCAUCGCCACGUCAGCAGGCGAGAGAAGAUUGGCCUUACGACUUUCACACGCUCAGUAUGACGGCAUGAGUCUGCAAUAUCUCCUAAGCUACCUUUCUUCUGCCCUCCGAGGAGAAAUGCGAACCGACCCUCCUCAAUUCAUGAACUUCAUCGACCAAAGCAUGAUGCACAUCGAAAGCUCAGAUCAUUUCUGGCAGUCAGUCUUACAAGAUGCGCCGAUGACACCGAUCCCUGCACCCCAAGGAUCGUCAACUUUUACACAGGGCGAAGCUAUUCCCAAGGUAUCUUGUACCAGGGAUAUAUGCUUUUCUAUUCCACACAGCGAUAUGACACUCGCCACGGCAUUCACAGCCGCAUGUGCGUGUGUGAUUGCGGGAGUGACUGCGACGUCGGACGUUGUUUUCGGCCGACUCAUUACUGGUCGCGCUGUCCUCGAAGAAGCUUUACAGGAAGUCUUAGGCCCGUGUGUCAAUUUUGUGCCUGUGAGAGUCAACUUCCAAGAGGAUGAUAUAUCCCUCAAGUUUGCCCAACAAGUUGUGCAUGAACAGUACGCGAGAAGUCUGCCAUAUCAGACAACAGGCCUCGGCAAAGCCGAGACAGACCCACGCAUGACGCAAUUUGCCUUCACUGUUCACUAUCAGGCCGUCAACGAUCGACCUACCAUAAGUUUGAACGGAAGCCAAAGCCGGCUCGACUUCUUGGAGCUUCCGGAAGGCUAUGAUACGGGGGAAGUUGAAAUCAUAGCCAAACCAUCAGGCGAGUCACUCAACGUCACCGUGACUGGGGGAGCGCAUCGGGCCGAAAUCAUGAGAGACGUGCUGGACAGGCUUUGUACCCUAUUGCAUCCAAUUGCUAAUGGGCGAGCUAAUCACGCGACGUAG